AUGGAUGCAACCCAUGCACGAGGGAGCCAGCUAUGGAUGCAACCUAUGCACGAGGGAGCAGGGUUAAGUUUGGUUGCCAGGAUAAUUGGUCGAGGCUUGGUCGCCGAGAUUGCUUGGCGACCUACAAGGGCGAAUGCUACAAUCCCCGCCAUUGGUCGCCAAGUGCUCAGAGAUAUUUUAGAGGUCGCCGUGUAUACCAGGCGAGAAAGGAGGACGCACAGAUGCCCUGGCGACCAAAGGCUUUCUACAAAACAAUUGCUCCUGGAUUUUUUGCUGAAUAAUUGCUCCCCAGUCCCUACAGAGCCACCAACACCACCAAGCGCACAUCUGGGUUCAUCUGAUGUAUUACCAUAUACGUUGUUGCCAAAACGCAAGCAAACAACCAAGAUCAAGAUGAAGCAGUUUAGCGCCUACGUUGUAACAAUACUAGUGAUCACGGCAAAUUUGGUGGCGGUUGGAUGCGGUCAGCGGCCGCAGAACCCCUCCGGAUCCUUGUGCUUAAACCAGCUUGCUCCUUGCCUGAGCUAUCUUAAUGGAAAUGAUGAGGCAGAAGUGCCGGAUAGCUGCUGUGAUCCUCUCAAAAACAUGAUUAAAUCCAGGCCGGAAUGCUUGUGCAGUAUGAUGAGCAACAGAGGCAGUAGAGAAGCCGAGCGGGCAGGUAUUAAUCUGACACAAGCUCAACAGUUGCCCGGACGCUGCGGCCAGCACGUUAAUCCACUCGUUUGUCUUCCAGGUUAUCCGAAUUCUAAAACCUCGGUUGAAAAUUCUGCAUUCCCCUUGUUCACAUCUCAUAGCACCAUAAUUGUUAUAGCCAUAAGCAUGGCUCUUUAG